AUGGCCUCCCAGGACAGAGACAGAGACAGAUCGACCCGGAGAAUGAGCAGGAGACGAAGAGAUUCAAGACGGGAGUCCCGCGGCAUGUCGCUCGAUGUGCCGGAGCGCUUCAAGGAUGGCGAUGAUGCUCAGGAAGACGUUACGGCGCCAAAACGAAAUAACACCAUGUCGAUGAACCAAUCCCUAUUUUCCAUGAUCGCUCGCGCAGGGCAGCAGUCACAAACAGACCUCGGCACGAUGCAGGAAGCUGACUCCGGUGAUAGCGAAGAUGAAGGUAAGCGACAGGCAUCAUACCAUGGUUUGGAUGGCGCUGCCAGAUUAAGUCGCCUAAGCUCUGCAAAUGACUUCCACAUCCCGACAGAGGACCCUCACGACAAAAGCAUGGCAAAAGGAAAGCACAGGCGGACACUGUCCGAAAACAAGCUCUUACGCUCGCUCCCCAAGCUGAAGGUGUCGAGCCGGAAAGAAGGACGCCCCGAAGGCCCGCGAGCUCACCCAAUGUCUUCGUCGCAAUUUCUACCACCAAAACCAUCGCUCGGUCAAUCUUCAGCAGCCUUGAAGAAAUGGCAACCCAAAAGCAAUGAUAAGGACAAGGACAAGGAAAAGGCCGAUAUCACAAUGGGCGAGGAAACACAUACUGAGAAAGCAUCCAAUACUGGGCGGAAGAGCAGAAAUGGAAGCACAGCCGGCUUGGACAAGGGCCAAAAACCUGUGACGCUUGCGCAGAGGAUUCAACAAAUAUUUGAAUUUGAGCAGCUUGAGGAGGUCAUCGCCGAAUACCCAUGCUGGUUACUUCAAAGUAUCCUAUUACAGGGUUACAUGUACAUCACACAGAAGCACAUAUGCUUCUACGCUUACCUACCCAAGAAGCAUCAUGAUGUCACCAAAACAGGUUAUCUCUUCAAGCGUGGCCGAUCGAAGCUGAACAGAUACUGGUUCGUCUUGCGUGGCGACGUACUCGCAUAUUACACCAACCCAGCAGAACUUUACUUCCCAAGAAACCGCAUCAAUCUUCAGUAUGCCCUGACUGCCGAAGUGCUUGAAAGCACAAAAAAAGGCGACGAAGAGACUAGUUUUGCAAUCACAACGGACGAAAGAAGAUAUGUUUUCAAAGCAGACAGUGCUGCGAGUGCGAAGGAAUGGACCAGAUCGAUUCAAAAGGUCAUUUUCCGAACUCAUAACGACGGAAACAGUGUGAAGAUAUCGCUACCGAUUCAGAACGUUCUAGAGAUUGAAGAGAGCUCGAUACUGGACCUUGCAAAUACCGUCAGAGUCCGUGUUAUAGAUAAUGACGAGACAUUUGCCAUAGACGAGUAUUUCUUCUCGUUCUUCAACAACGGCCAAGAUGCGCUCAAUGUGCUUCGCAUUAUGAUUAAUGACAACGAGCAUCAUCAGGCUACCCCGGAUGCUGGUGAACUCGAGAAUCAACCCCCUUCUCAUCGUGCCUCCGUAACAUCGCCAACAGAUGUUAGUGAAAUGCCGCAAAUACGUGAAAAUGUGCGGGCUACUUUGUCACCGCUGCCUGUACCGCAUGUCAGACGAUCGAGCAUAAGUGAUGUGUCCGGUCGGUCUAGCAAUGAAGUCAAUGGAAAGAGCUGGGAUGCGCGACGAAGCAUGGAUGUCACCCACACGCUUCGUCGCUCAAGCUAUGAGACACGUCAAUCUCCUCAUGAGCGGCGACAAAGCUUCAGUGGUGACCCGCAUAGCACGCAACACAAGCAUCAUUCGGAAGACGAUUCGCCUCAGUCACCCAGAGCAGCAGACUCCGAGUCAGCUACUCUUUCAUUCGAACCAGGCACUGAAUCAUCAGCCGCUAUCCAAUCGAUGGAUGAAAGCAAUGCUUCCGCAUCUCAAAUACUCGACCGCUCCGAUCUUUUCCGUGGACCAACAAACCUACCCGUCGAUAAUGCACCACUGAGCAAACUCGAUCUACAGCAUAGGGACUCACAGGAAACAACACGGUCAGCUCAAGCGAAGACUACAAAUGUCGUAAAACGUUCCAAACCAUCCGCAGCCGUAGCGGGUAUGCCUGACUUUGAAGAUGACACAGACGCUAGUCAGGCAAAUCCUCGCAUGUCAGGAUCAUCUUCAGCCUUACAGGAUAUCGCGUCCUACCCACUCCAGAAAGCAUCGGGGCUAGCUGGGUUCUUGAGGACUCGAUCGAAGAAGAUGGGUAAUCUGUUAGCAAGCGAGUCGAUGGGCUACUAUGAAAAAGUAUCAGGCAUGCUUGCGGGUGGACGAAAGCACUACAACACGGCCGAAGGCUUGGAGACUGGGGAUCAAAUCCAUGGAUUCGAGGAUGAUGAGGACGCAGCCAAGGCCGUUGAGAAUUUCCGCGACCAUUUCGCCUUUCCCGAAACCGAAAUUUUACAAUCUUCGUUCUUCGCAUCCUUGCAGCGAGUGUUGCCAAACUAUGGCAAAAUCUACAUCAGCGGGAGGUAUUUUUGUUUCCGCAGUUUGAUGCCAACGUCAAAGACCAAGGUCAUACUCCCUAUGCGAGACAUCGAAAAUGUGAACAAAGAAAAAGGAUUUCGAAUCGGUUAUCACGGUCUCGCUGUUGUCAUCAAAGGUCACGAAGAGCUCUUUUUCGAAUUCUCCAAGGCCGAGUAUCGGGACGAGUGUGCUAUCACAGUCCUUCGUAUAUUGGAGAAUACGAAGUACCUCGAGGAUGAGGAUUCAUCUUCCUCGGGCGUGGAUAGUGGAGACGAGGCGGCCAAAGUAGAACAUGACUUGCUCCAGCAGGCGCGCGAGCACACGGAUACUGGCAAGCAAGCUGAUGUAUCGGAGAUUGUCCGUGCUGCAGACCAUGACCGAAUACCCCUCAUAUUCGACGACCCGCUCGCUUCGUUUGUAGACUUCAAGCCUUCAGAGCCGUUGAACAUUGUUUGCCUUACCAUUGGAUCCCGAGGAGAUGUCCAGCCGUACAUAGCAUUAUGCAAAGAGCUCCUGAAGGAGGGGCAUAAGCCGCGCAUUGCGACACACGCCGAGUUUGAGCCUUGGGUGCGUAAACACGGCAUCGACUUUGCUGUUGUUGAUGGAAACCCAGCUGAACUGAUGCGCAUUUGUGUCGAACAUGGCAUGUUUACGUAUGGAUUCAUGAAGGAGGCCAAUUCCAAGUUCCGCGGAUGGCUGGAUGACGUGUGUAGUUCUUCGUGGAGGGCUUGCCAGGGUGCAGAUGUACUCAUUGAGAGUCCCAGCACCAUGGCGGGAAUUCACAUAGCCGAAGCGUUGGAGAUUCCAUACUUCCGGGCUUUCACGAUGCCUUGGACACGCACUCGAGCCUACCCCCAUGCCUUUUCUGUGCUGGAGAAGAAGAUGGGCGGAGGAUACAACAGUCUGACAUAUAUCACCUUUGAUACUAUAUUCUGGACUGCAAUAUCUGGUCAGAUCAACAAGUGGCGCCGGAGAGAAUUGGGACUUCAAGGAACCACGCAGCAUAAGAUGCAGGCGAGUCUCCGACCGUUCCUGUACAACUUCAGUCCCCAUGUGGUGCCGCCGCCUCUUGACUGGCCGGAUUGGGUUCGUGUCACUGGCUAUUGGUUUUUGGAUGAGAGCGACUCAUACGAUCCUCCUGCCGAAUUGUUGGCAUUCAUGAAAAAGGCACGUGCAGACGGCAAGAAGCUGGUCUAUGUUGGGUUCGGCUCCAUUGUCAUCGACGAUCCCGCAGCACUUACUAGGACUGUCGUAGACUCUGUAUUGAAGGCAGACGUACGCUGCGUGCUAUCUAAAGGCUGGUCUGAUCGUUUGGAGACCAAAGACGCUUCGAAGCCGGAGAUUCCCCUUCCACCCGAGAUCUUUCAGAUUCAGGCCGCACCGCACGACUGGUUGUUCAAACAGAUGGACGCUGCAGUGCACCAUGGUGGCUCCGGCACUACAGGAGCAAGCUUGCGAGCUGGAAUUCCUACGAUUAUCAAGCCCUUCUUUGGCGACCAAUUUUUCUUUGCGCAGCGCGUGGAAGACAUGGGCGUUGGAGUAUGGCUGAAGAAGGUCAAUACGAGUGUUUUCAGUCGUGCGCUAUGGGAAGUCACCAACAGCCAGCGCAUGAUCAUGAAGGCAAAAGUACUUGGACAAAAGAUCAGAAAGGACAAUGGCACGCAAGUUGCGAUCCAGACCAUCUACCGAGAACUAGAUCGCGCUCGCACGCUCAUCAAGAAGCAGACGAAACAGGACGACGACAAUAGUGAGGAGUUUGAAGAAGACUGGACAAUCAUUGAAGAAGGCGAGGAGAUGGACGGAGCUCAUCCCUUUGCGAUGCAGCAGCCAUUGGCGGGGAUCAACCAGGACGCAUCUCAGAUGGGUGCUGGUUCUUUGGUUCUGGGCAGCAUGGUGUUGAAGGGCGCAGCUGCGCAGAAGCAGGCACCGUCAGAAGUUGCGCGUCGGGAUUGA